AUGAUCGAUUGGAAUUGGCUUUGGGUAAUCGGAGAAGUUGGAGCAACAUAUGGAUUUUAUCGAUGGUGGAAAGCGAAUGAUACAUUUUUGGCUGUUCUUGAGGUAGCACCUGAUAUUGAUAUAGAUGAUUUGAAAAACUUUUCCUCUCUAACAACUACUAUUGAUUAUGCAGCAGUACAUGGUUUCGUACAAUCAAAUGAUUCAAAGCCCUAUUCUGUACUAAAAUCUCAAUUCGUACCAGAUUAUAAUGGUGUUAUUCAUCGAUUGAUAGUGCGUGAAAAAAAAAUUGAAAAAUUGAGUACUCUUUGGGCUGAAACAAAACGUGUAAUUAUUGAUUCAACACGUCAUGUACCAUUUCGACUUGUCUCAUCAAAAGGAAAUUUUAUUCGUAUUGAUAAACCUUUAGAGUUUAAGACAAUUCAAGAUCAGUUAGAAGUAACUCAUGUUCAAGUCGAACCAAAUGUAAACUCAAAUGUAGACACACUUGUUGGUAUUUUUCUUGGAAGAGUUUCAACAGGUAUUGAAACAAAAGAAAAAAUGUUAUUAAUUCAUGCACCAUUAACUGGUCUUGGUCGUCUUGAAAAACGAUCUGGCGUUUGGUAUCUUACUCCGCACGGAAAAUGGGGUGGAAUAUUAACACGAUCAUCUCGUCAAGACAUUUUAUCUGAUUGUCGAAGUCGUUUAAAAUUUUCUCGCUUUUUAGCUAUUAGUUUCGGUGUUGCUGCUGGUUUGACGGCCGCUUAUCUAGCCUAUCGAUAUUAUUUAAAAAGGCAAGAGCGAAUUGCUCGAUUGCCACCACCACGAACUAUUCUACCAGCAAAUGAUCUAAAUCAAAAUCAUGAUCAAAAUCAACGCCUGCAAUGUGUUAUUUGUUUUGACAACGAAGUUCUUUACAGUCUUCAACCAUGUUCACAUUUAGGCCUAUGUUAUACGUGUGCAGAACAAUUGCAAUCAGGAAGUCCAGAACGAGAGAUAUGUCCAAUUUGUCGAACACCUAUUCAACAAUAUCAACGUGUAUUUUUACCCUAA